GCCCCCAGCUGAAAUCGCCGCUCUCAUUGGUCAUGUGCGCACGCUUCACGCUUCACUGUUUAUACUCCAGACGCUGCUUAAUUCCGCACAGAAAGCGGGCUUUAAUUGUCCUAAAACAUGUCUGAGGACAUUUAAAACGUGAAUAUCGUCGGCAAGCGUAAAUAACAUAAAAAGUAGCCUACUUUAUGUGUGUUCCUCUGAGCUGCUAUUGUUCUAGCUGUAUGAGACGCAGAUGCAGUCUUGUAGGAUGUCAUUUACACGCUGCAAGACAAUAUAUGGUUUUCAGAUGCCGCCAGCGUUACUGAAAUGAGGUGGUUGUAAUGGGUCACAGGGGACCAUUGCAUUUGUCUGACCUUUUCCAGCUGUAUAAUGAGGACUCUGUCCACACCCUGUGCUCAGUGUUUGAGCAUGAGUGGGAAAAACAACAGAAUUACAGUGAGAGGUCAGACCUAGAAGAGGAUUCUGGGAGAGAGUCACUGCUGCUCUCCAGGAAAACCAAUGCUGGUUACUCUCUUCUUUAUGCAAUAUGGAUGACAUUCCAUCCAGCCUUAGUGAAAGUUGUGCUUCUGAGACUGUCAACUGAUCUUUUUAGCAUUCUAGGUAUUCUAACACUCAGGCAGGCUGUGUUUGACUGGGCCGGAUACACAUAUUCUCUGGCGGUGUUGGGAGCAGUUUGCUGUUCCGCUGUUUCUCAGCAUCACUUUGAGAAACAUAGCAGGAUAAUAACAGCCAACACACAAGCGGUUCUGUCUGGCGCCCUCUACAGGAAGACAUUGUCUCUUUCCCAUAGUUCUUGGCAACAAUCCAACACCACUCAGGGGACGGAUGUAUUAGGCGAAGUUGAAUGUGUAGCAGAGCUGGUGGUCACAUUGACCUGUCUUUGGUCCUGCCCAUUGAGAGUCGCUCUCUAUCUGGGCUUACUGUGGGGAGAAUUGGGCCCUGGCGUGCUGGUGGGGGUGGUAUUGCUACUAGUCCUCAUCCCUGUCAACUCAGCAGUGCAGCACAAGGCCAAACAGCUUCGGAGAUCUCAGCAGAUCAUCAGGGAAAGGAGUGAACAGCUCAUCAAGGAAAUGUUGCAUAAAUACCAGGCGCUGAAGCUUCUCGCAUGGGAGUCUUGGUUCCAUCAGAGAGUUACAGAGUCUCGGGCCAGGGAGCUGGAGAUGCUAAGAAUUCUGGGAUAUUUGACAGCCUUCUCUAUGCUCGACUCUGUCUGUAUGCCUUUUCUGGCUGGUUUCUCUAGUCUUGGUGUAUUUGUGCUGGUGGAUGAUGGGAAUGUUCUCACACCGUCUCAGAUCUUUACAUCCCUCUGUUUCUUCAGAUUGCUCCGCCCACCUCUGCUGGCGCUCCCUGGGCUCUUGUGUGUUCUCAAGCAGGCACAGCAGUCUCUUUGCCAUCUAGAGAAAGUCUUUCUCACAGAGGACCUGGGCACCUCUCAGUUAGUUACUGCAAAAGGUGCUACAGAAGACAUUCCACCUGACAGCUCUCAACAGCCAUGUGAUAGGUGUAAAGACAAGCACAGUAAUUCUGAUGAGAAACGAGAUCACUAUCUAUUCCACAAAGGCAGCGGAGAGGCCCGCAGGCUGUAUUUGAGGGCUUUUGGCUGGCACUGGGUGUCAGUUACCUUGCUGGUCUACCUGUCUGUGUGUGCUGUUAGUUUAGCACAGGAUGCCAUCCUGAGCAUGUGGACUGGUGAAGCCAAAGAGGUUCAAGGCCUGGAGGGGUGGAGAGAGCUCAGAAACUCACGACUGUCUGCGUACGCACUGCUCGGACUCCUGCAAGCCUUGCUUGUGUGCUGUGCCGCCUACUGUCUGACCUGCGGUUCUCUGAGGGCGUCUCAUACGCUACACUCUGAGCUGCUGUCAGAUGUUCUUCACCUGCCUGUACAUUCCCAGAAGAUAGAUGCCAGAUGGUUACUGCAAGCAUUCACUCAAGAUAUGCAAGUUGUUGAUGAAGAGCUGCCAAAACAUUUACACAGCUGGUUAAAGAGUCUUUUGGACACAUUGAGCACCAUCACUUUGAUCAGCUUCAUCAUGCCUGUUUUCAGCCUAGCUGUGUGCCCGCUGAUAAUUCUCUUCUUCCGUAUUCAGUCUCAUUUUUCUUCAGCUCACAUGCAAAUUAGACACAUGGAGGCAAACCCUGUUUCAGUUACUUCUCUGGAGUGUGUGACGCAUUGUGUUGAAGCUCCACUUUCUGGGCCAAAACACAGGGAGGUGUGUCUGACGCACUGCCUCCAAGCCUUACAUCAAAACCUGCUGGUCAAGUACAACAAAAUCAUCUCAGAAAGUUGGGCUGCGUUGCGGUUUGAUGGUGUUGCUGGGAUUGUGCUGUUCCUGGUCAGUCUGAUUCUGCUUGAGACUCAACCUGGCUCAGGGCUUGUGGCUCUGGCUUUGAUCUGUGCCUUUAAUAUUAAAGAAGCUCUUCGCCGUUACCCUCAGGCCACCUCUGAUAUCAGCAUUGACAUGCUGAGCGUGCAAAGAUUUUGUGAAUUUGCCAAAGUGGAAAAGGAGGCAGCAUGGACAGUCACCUACAGACCACCCUUUGACUGGCCCCAGCAUGGAGAGGUGAAGUUCAGGAACUAUGAGUCUGAAGCCUCCUCUAACUGCACACCAGCUCUUAGAGGAAUUAAUCUCACCAUUUUAAAAGGGGAAAAGAUUGGGGUUGUAAGCAGGGGGAAGGCUGACACAGAUGGCUUGGUUAGCUGUCUGUUCCGGUCAGUGGAGGCCAGGAGCGGUGCUGUGCUGAUUGACGAUGUAAACAUCGCCCGCAUGAGUCUACAUGACCUUCGUAGCCGCCUGCAAAUCAUUUCCCAGGUUCCUGUACUGUUCUCAGGUCACCUGAGGGCUAACCUGGACCCGUUCGCUCAGCAUACUGAUGUGCAGGUGUGGCUGGCUCUGGAGCUCUGCCAUCUCAAGGAGCGCGUUCGACAAUUGCCUGCUCAGCUGCUGCACCCUGUUCAAAGAACAUCUCUUGCUUUCAGCUUUGGCCAGAGGAGGCUGCUGUGUUUGGCCAGAGCCCUGCUUGCAAGGGUCAAAAUCCUGCUUGUGGAAGAGGCUCUUCCUUGUGUGGACGUAGAAACGGAGGGCCUGGUCCGACAGUUGAUCCACACAGAGUUUAAAGACUGCACUGUACUGUGGCUCACUCAGAACCCGCUCACUCUCAUUCACACUGACAGGGUGCUGGUUUUGAAUAAAGGACAAGCUGUGAAGUAUGACAUCCCUUCUACUGUCCUCCAGCAGGGGCCGCUGUUCAGUCAAUAAGAUGUGACCUUACAGUACAGUACAUCCAAUUAUUGUUAUCAUUUAUACUUUUCGCUGUUUUUUGCUGACUUAAAGUUAUUAAAUAAUAAAAUUACUAUUUAUAUAAUAAUAAAUAAGUUAUUAAUUUCACGUCAUACAUUAGGUUCCCUAAAGCCACAGUUUAUUGAUUCUAAUUAAUGAAGGUUUCAUAUGCCUUUGGACAGAAUAUACUGGAGAAAAAAAUUAAAUAAGUGACAGGUGGAACACAAACAGACUUUGAAAUAUUAUAGUAAAUUGUGGGGGUUAUUUUAAAUGUAUUUAAAUUAUUAAUUUCUUUUUUCUAUUUUUUUUAUAAUUUAUUUUUUGAUCAUAUAUGUAUUAAGUAACAUUUACUAACAAUGAACAAUACGUUUGUUACAGUAUUUAUUAAUCUUUGUUAACAUUAGUUAAUAAAAAAUACUACAGUUCGUUGUUUGUUCAUGUUAGCUCACAGUGCAUUCUUUUAACUUUUUGUUUUUAAUAAUGUAUUAGUAAAAGUAUUGUUCAUUCUUAGUCAUUUAUAAGUUGAUCAUUUAUAACAGCUGAUCAUUUAUAACAAGAUUAUAUUUUUGACACUUUUGAUACUCUUAUGUCAGUGUUUUACAAUGCAGUUCAAUAUGGAUUAUGAAAAUUACACCAGCAAUAUGAUAAAUAAUAAGAAACAACAGCAGGUCUUAACUGUCGUUCCUUCUAAGGGCUGUUUGAGGUUAUGCACAGUGGCCGUUUGAGCUGUUUGUUGACACAUUCUCCUCUUGUCCAUUUCCUUUGCAGUUAUUGUCAGUUAAUUGCACAUUAGAUUGCUUUAAGGUGCUGUUUUUUCAUAACAGUUUUCCACAUUGUAACUGUCUCCACAUCUUUCCUUUUGUGCUCUGGUCAGUUGACUGUUGUUUCACCAAGAGUGUAGUUUGGCAUUAGGUUUUAGAUUUGUUAUUUAUAGCCUAUUACAACCUGUAUGGAAAUUUCUGAAUAAAAUCCAAAACACAAUA